CUUCCGACUUCUUGUUUAGAUAGAAGGUCUGUUACAAGUUACUGUUAGAGAGACUAGGCGCAAGUUUCUUCGCGUGUGUUUCCGCGUGUGCACUUUUCUCGGAUUAGCAGUUUAUUCUGACGUAACCGAACAUGAUAACUUGAUGACACCGUUUGUCGAGUGUAGAUAUGCGACGGAAAAAAAGGGGGAAAAAAGAAUGUUUUUAAGCAACUGCGAGCGCGCGCGCGCUGUGUAGCUUCAGUCUAUAGCAGACGACAGCAGUAGCUAUAAAAUGUAGCAGACGAUAAUGGACUGUAUGUACAGAACUAGGGGUUGUCGCCCCGUCGUCCUAUUCAAGUGGACAUGCUUCUGAGUGCGUUUUUCAGGUACAAGAGUGUUCUGUUCUUUAUGAUGACGUUUAGUGGGUUUGUCUUACUCGGUGCCUAUAUCCUGACGAUGUCGCUGCUGUCCGCCAUCCCCCUCUCGGACCAGAGGGUCUUGAGAUCGAACGACAACAACAACAACGACAACAACGCCAUCCUGCCCGGGGACACCGUCAAUCCCGGGGCACUCAGGGACGAGGGCGUGUCGAGACACAACAGGGUCCUGCACUAUUCUGUGAAGGAGAAAGACGAUGGCUCCAGCGCGGUUUUAAAGAAGAAACACGACUCGGAUCUUCACUGGCAGAAGUCAGGCGACGUCACCACCGCGCCAAACGACAACUCGAUGAUCUACGUCGACGACGACGACGACGAAGACAACGUCGUAGAUUCGUGGCGCGGCGACGACGAGGAUGACGGUGCGAUUCUCCCACAGCAGGCGAACGCCAACGUCAACGCCAACGACAAAGGAAACGACUCCUCUUUUGUGUUGCCAAGGAUACUGGAAAAUGCCACAAAGAAGCUUCCAGAGGCGAUAAUUAUUGGUGUGAAAAAGGGAGGUACGCGAGCCCUGUUGGAGUUUCUCAGGAUACACCCCGACGUCCGAGCCCCGGGGCCAGAGCCCCACUUCUUCGACAGGAACUAUCACAGAGGGGUGCACUGGUACAGAAAACAGAUGCCGUCCACCAUCGAAGGCCAGAUGACGGUGGAGAAAACCCCGAGUUACUUCGUCACACGGGAAGUUCCGAAGAGGAUCUUCAACAUGUCACGUGUCAUGAAACUCAUCGUCGUUGUCCGGAAUCCCGUAACUCGUGCAAUAUCGGACUACACCCAGUCGUUUUCGAAACGACCGUACAUCAAGUCUUUCGAACAGAGGGCGUUCAUUGACAAUACCACGCGCCUGGUGGACACGAAGUGGGGGGCGGUGAAGAUCGGCGUGUACGCCAAACACCUGGAGCGCUGGCUGAGAUACUUCCCUCUGAGCCAGUUCCAUUUUGUGAGCGGCGAGAAACUCAUUUCAAAUCCGGCCGGUGAGAUGGCCAAGGUGCAAAGGUUUCUGGGAUUGAAACAGAUUAUCACUGACAAACAUUUCUACCUCUACGGUUCGAGAGGUUUCCCUUGCCUUAAGAAACCGGAAGGAAGCGGUCGUCCCCAUUGCUUGGGCAAAAGCAAGGGCAGGCGACACCCGUAUGUUGACCCCGAGGUCAUACAGAGACUUACCGAUUUUUACAGACCUUUUAACUUAAAAUUUUAUCAAAUGGUUGGUCAGGAUUUUGGAUGGACGUGAUAAAUAUUAUUUUAUGGCAUAUGACGUCAGUUCGUCAGUGACAUCAUAAAUUAUAAUUAUGUUAAUCAAUGAGAAUAUGACAUCAUAUUACAGCUGUAUCACGGUUGAAUCAAAUACGGGAAUACUACGUCACAGUGCAAUGAUAUCGUAAGUGAAUCAAACGCGAAUGUAGCUUCACAGGCUGCAGUGACGUAAGUGAAUCACGCACACGGAUAUGACGUCACACAGUGCAGUAAAAAUAGGCGACAGGUAAAAGAUGCAUUCUUGCCAAGUCUGAUUUAUGUCAACAGCUACAGUAUAAUAUUCUUCAAAUAAAGCUAAUGUUGUUAAAAAAACACACGAAACAUAUUAGACCAGUUUGCCAAAUGUACUGGUUUCUAACACUAGCAGACGGAGAAAGCGAAAUACAACGCAUGUUUCUCAAGAUUUUAAAACAAGGCGUCACUUGUGAUAAGAAAUUGUAAUAUUAUUUAGUGUAUUCCGAAUAAGUAAUGGUACUGACAUCAACAAGAAUGAUUUUGAAGCCGUCUUAAUCAUUCGUGUACCAUCAACACGAAAUGUGAACCAGCCAGUCACAAUGACUUAAAUUAGCAGUUUACAAUAUUACCAAAAAUAUAUUUUGGACAUUUUGUCGAAACAAAUCUAGACCUAUGCCUUGCCAAACGAAGAUACCAAGUAAUAUCAACGUUGAAGUCUGAAUUGGAAAUCUAAUGACUGUAUGUAUCUAUGGUCAAAUAUUUGGCAGAAAACAUUUUUUUUUGGAGUAAAUUGGGCAACAUUAUAGUGCAUGAGACGGUUGAAACACAUCCACCACUUCACAUUAAUUAUUGUUAUUUUUAAUAUAUCAGUCUAUUCCUCUAGACAUAGUUUGUGGAAUUCUGAACUAUGGUCGAAUAACAUUUAGUAAAGAUCGUACUGAAAGUCAUCUCAGAACUACAAUACUUCUAGAAUUGAAGACUUGACACCAAUAACGCUCGGUGGCUAAUAUGGAGACAUGCCAUCAAGAAUUCAAAGAGCAUGAUCAGUCGGAAUGCGACUAUCUCCUGUCGAGAGUCCAGACUAUCGACAGGAGGACCUUGUGGUCUAACAUGUCUGUCAAAGACGACUCUACAGUAACAGCCCAGUUCGUGUUCCUGAGAAACAUACUUUGAACACUGUCUUUUGCACAGAUGUGAUUUUAUUCUUCGUAUUAAGUUUCCGUGCAUGUCCGUGGGGUCACGAGGAAGGAGAUUGCUUUUAACAAACGACUACCAUCAGUCUUGUCUUUAGCAGAUUUCAUGGGAUUUUGGUGUCUUUGCCCAUGACCGGUGUGCCUGAACGUUUAGAGAACAUUGGCAUGUAAUGAGUUGAAUUAGAUUGCGGCACCCAUUUGAAAGUGUAAAGACGCCAAACGUUUACUGAUUAUAAUGUUUAAGGCAGGGAAUCCCAAAUGUGUUCAAAAAUCUCGAUGAAUACAGUUAUAUUGAAUAAUAAUCAACACAUCUUUUAACGAACGCCUUUGAACUAAUAAUUAAAUGGUGAACGUUUGAAGUGUUUGUGAGAUUACAAAUAAUAUUUAUUACGUUUAGAGACGAUGAAAUUAUGUUUGUGAAUAUUUAACUGUUGCCACUGACGAAAUAUAUAAUUACAUGUAU